UAUCCUCAGUGUCCCAGUGUGACGGUUGGCAUGGUUCUAGCUGGACCAUUCAACUGCAGUGGCCACAGUUGAUCCCGGCAGCGUCCUUCGGGCUGUUCUCCGCUUCAAGUCACAGCCUCUGUGGCUCCACCGUCCAAAUCAAGCCCUACUGGUUGGUUUUCAAAUGCUGAUGCGUAGCAUUGGGUCCCCCAACCUGGGCUAUGAUCCAUGAUGUACGGAGUAGGUUGUUGACUUACUCCGUACGCUGUGCAACAAACGGUUUUUUUUUUUUUUUUUUUUUUUUCCUUUUUCCCUUUUCCUUUUCUUUUCUUUUCUUUUCUUUUUUUUUUUUUUCUAGUUUUCAUUUUCUGCCGCUUUGGACAGAGAAUGUUUUCCUUUUCUUUUUCCACAACCUUCGCCACGCGAUCUACGUACUUUCUUUUAGUAUUACCCUUUUCCCUAGUUUUCUUGAUCAGGAACGAGUACGGUGUAUUUGGUUAAAGAGGUUUAUACUAUCUAGACAAGCUAUUCCUUAUUUUUUUUUUUUUUUAAGUUUGUGCCUAUAUUUUCAUUAUUCUCAUCAUCAUAUCCCCUUCAGGAGGGCGCUAGGAAGAAGAACAUUAGGGCACUGUAAGAUCAAGGGGUUGAUGAGCGCUGAAAUACAGAAUCAGUACCACUAAGCCAAAAAAAAAGUUGCCCACACGCAGGCGGGCCGGCCUACAGGCCCCCCCCCCAAUUUUGUACUGUCCAUUGACUAUCGUGAGUGAAUGGAGGGCUGGUCAUCUGUUAGAGUAUCAGAUUAUUAUAAGUAGCCACCCCGGGGCACUAUUCAAAUCUUUACUUCACAUUUUUUACGUUUGGCAGACAUUGAGCCAUCCCUUUCUUUCAUUCUUGGUAUCACCUGGUUACUAUUCUUGCAUUGC